UCGGGAAAGUAGAGUUAUAAAAGACUUUCAAAACGAAUCAAACUACAAUUUUUCAGAUCCAAGGGAAUCGAGUAACUAUCACCCCUUACAACCUUUAACCUUUAAAAAUAGAUUAGACAGACUUUUAUAAUUUAUUAAUUGUUACAAGCUCUAAAUUUCAUUUGAAAUUGGAAAUUUGUUCAGAAACCGCGAAAAAUAAAGAAAAAAGUGCGGAAAGAAUUUGAGAAUUAUUUCUUCGAUCGCGACAAGAAAUUUAAGUGGGGAGAGAAAAUUACACCCCACUCUUCUGUUUGAGUUUAUACGACUUUACUGCUUUACUUCACUUGGAGUAUCGUACCUGAGGUGUUUUUUUCAAGGUGGUGAAUUUUGCGUGAAUACAUCAAAUCAAGAUGUCUGAAAUAAUUCCUAAGCCACCUAUGCGGCGAAUGCAUAUCAACCAAGUCAAAAAACAACUUGUAGGAAUGGUCGUUUUUGUGGGUAUUGGAACCAUGAUUUUCAGACAGUUGUAUGUGGAAAGAAGGAAGAAAAGAUACGACGAAUUUUACAAGACCUAUGAUUGCGACGCUGCUUUACAGAGGAUGAACGAUGCUGGUCUUAUGCAGUCGUGUCCAAAAUAAGAUAAUUUUUCCAAUAAAAAUGUAAAUGUAGAAAUUCCGGUGGAAACUGUUCACUAGAAAAAUAUAUUAAAAUAAUUUAAAGGAA